AGCAAGUGAACAGAGUGUGUUGUCUUAGGCAUAUUAGCUUGGUUAAGAUGAGCAUGUUUGGUUCAUUUUACUCCCUUACCUCUGAGGAGGAAGCCAUCAUUCAACAAAUCCAGCAUGGACCGAAGAACCAAGACUUCGAGUUCAAUCCUUUAAUGGAUGUCAUCAACCAAAUCUUCAAGCUAAUCCCUUUCAGUUCCGAAAUGGGACUAGAGCAAAGUGGUCAUCAAGGAUCGAAUGACAAAAGCAUCGUUACCUCAGUUGAGAGACUUGAAUUGCAGGACAGUAUUCGUGGCACCAUUCACUCGCUAAGUUGGGAGAUAACGUGUAAAGCUGCGUGUGGUACGAAACCCCAUGAAGCUACGUUGGCCUUGUUUGAUACUCUAAAGAUGUACUCAUGGGAAGCUAAAGUUGUACUGGUUAUGAGUGCAUUUGCCAUGAACUAUGGUGAGUUCUGGCUCACUGCACAACCCCUUUCGGAUAACCCUUUGUUCACAUCAGUGAGAAUGCUCAAGCAUUUUCCUUCCUUGCUCCAAACUAAUUCUCGUUCCCUAAAAUCUCGUUUCGAGCUUAUCUCCAAUCUGGUCCGUCGAGUGCAUGCUAUGGCCAAUAACUUUAUGGGGCUUAAACUCUACAAAACUCAGACAGAUCGUUCGGUCAAACUGAGCCUUCAAAUAGCGGUAUACUACAUCAUCCGAAGCCUAUAUACCUGCAUAUCUUCGAAUAUGGUGUUAGUGAAAAUGGGUGCAGAGUACACAAUGUCAGCCACUGGUGAUAUCCAUGAUGAACUCACAAGAAUCUACAAAUUGGCGUCUCCUGUUGAUAAAUUUCUAUAUGAAUCAUACAUUACAGAGAAAGAUUUCGCAGGGUAUGAAGAACUCUUGAAAUUUCAAACCCAAUAUGAAGACAAUAUAAAACUAAUUAAAAAGCUUUUCUCAACAGAAGAGCUGAUCCUUUAUCAACGUUCUGUCAUGGAAAAGGUCAGCUUGGACAAACUCAAGGGCAAGUCCAUUGCCUUCUUCAUCUCAGAUCUUAUGGUCAAUGCUGAAGAAUUUUCAGCUCUCGCCGAGGCUUAUAACAUAAUUAAACGAAAAGAAAACUUUGAAGUAGUUUGGCUACCAAUCGUGGAUCAGGCCAUUAAAACUCCAGAACAAAGUUUUGUUCAAGUAGCUGCUCAGAUGCCAUGGUUUUGCCUUCUCAACACUUCAUGCAUUCAUAAGUGCUUCGUAUUGCACAUCAAGUAUAAAUGGAACUUCCAUAGGAAGCCCAUACUGGUAGUCUUAAACAAACAAGGUGUGAUUAGCCACACCAAUGCACUUCCAAUGGUGAAAAUUUGGGGUGCUCAAGCGUACCCCUUUUACGAAAAGACUGAAGUAGAACUUUGGAAGCGAGAGAGCGGGGGGGUUGAAUUCUUGGUGAAGGGAUUUGCACCUGAUCUAAAAACAUGGAUUAAGGACGAGAAGAUUGUCUGUUUCUAUGGAGGUCAUGAUCUUGAUUGGAUAAGACCAUUUGCCGAAGGUAUGAGUUUUAUUACCAAAGAGACCAAAGUUCAAAUGGAAACCAUUUACGUUGGAACAAAGCGGCGCAAAGAACGAUUGCAAAAGAUACUGAAUUGCAUUAGAAAUGAAAAGCUAUCAAGGGUUUGGGAUGAGAAGACAAUCGGUUCAUUUUGGCAUCGUAUUGAAAACAUCUCCUACUCCAAGAUGGCACACUGUAACGCAUACCUUGAAGAUGCAAUCAUGAAAGAAUUGAUGAUCAUAUCAAGUUAUGAUGACAAUGAGGAUGGAUGGGCUUUGAUGUUGGGAGGGUCUUCGGAUCUGAAAACUGUGAGAUUCAGUGGAAGACAAUUAUCCCUAUUAAUUAAGGACUUUGAAAAAUGGGGAUCCAGAGCCAUCGGAGGGCAUGAGGAUUUCUUGACUGCGUUAAAUGAAUAUGUACGAGGCAGCCAUACCUGCAGGGCACACUGUAUUCGUCUGAUUGUUCCGAUGGGCGCAGCUAAUAACAUUCCAGAGACGGUAAAAUGUUCAGAAUGCGACCGUUCCAUGGAGAAGUACUUGCUCUACAAAUGUUGCACUGAGUGAAAGAUACGAGUGUUGAUUUACCUGGGAUUGGGAUCAAAAUACCAGUCAAUUGUCCAAUAAAAAUGUUGUUAGUGUGCUUUUCCUUAGAUGAUUUGGAAUAUCCAAUAAAAUGUUGUGUGUUAGAUAUGUAGGCUCUUCCCUAUCCAUAUGUGGGAUGGUGGGGUAGUCUUAAUUUCCUUUGAAUAAAUUAAAUCCAGCAUGUAUUGGGAUUGAUAAUAAAUCAAUGAAGUUUCUUUGUUUUGAAUUGAACCAA